ACCCUCUUAAUUACAAUUAAGACCGCGCAGGAUUUACUUCUUAAAACUGUCUUCGUGCGAGAGAGGGAGGGGGAGGAGUAAGAAACGAGCCAGAAAGAGAUGGAACGUGGAGGCUUCCAUGGCUACCGCAAGCUCCCCAACAACACUACUUCCGGACUGAAGGUACCAGAGAUGAACAUGAGAAUGGCUGAAGUCAACCAUACAAACAACCACUCAAACUCUGAUGACAAUGAGUGCACUGUGAGAGAACAAGACCGCUUCAUGCCAAUUGCAAACGUUAUCAGGAUCAUGCGCAAGAUCCUCCCCCCACACGCCAAAAUCUCUGACGACGCCAAGGAAACAAUCCAAGAAUGUGUGUCCGAGUACAUCAGCUUCAUCACUGGCGAAGCCAAUGAGCGCUGCCAACGUGAGCAGCGCAAGACUAUCACUGCUGAGGAUGUGCUUUGGGCGAUGAGCAAGCUAGGCUUCGAUGACUACAUCGAACCUCUGACAGUAUACCUUCACCGCUACCGCGAGCUGGAGGGUGAACGUGGUUCGAUCAGAGGUGAGCCACUGGGGAAGAGAGCAGUUGAUUAUGGAGCUUUGAGUGUUGCUGCUUUUGCACCGGCGUUCCACAUGGGGCAUCACCAUGGGUUCUUUGGGGGUGGAGGAGCCAUGGGAGGAUAUCUCAAGGAUGCAUCCAAUGCAGGGUCAUCACAGGCUGCAGUGGCAAACGGCGAACCAUUCGGGCACCAUAAAUGAGGCAGCAAAGGGCGAGGAAAGCUUGCAGCUGGCUGGGCUAGCUAACCAUGUCACUAACUCACUCAAGUUUUAUAAAAUUUAAGAUGUUUUAAUGCUUUUCACUAGAACAUGAUGAUCCGUAUGCUCUUUUAAAACAUUUCUAGUAAUUCUUAGCCUUAUUACCAUCUAA